GUUUUGAAGAAAAUAAUAAAGCAUAAUUCUUCAAUUUAAUGAUGUAGAUUUAUUAUUCUUUUACACUUUUUUUUUUGAUAAAAUUCUAUUACACAUUAUAAUUUAGGUAAUCUAACAUGUAAGAGUCCUAUAAUCUUCAGUCCCCUAAAAAUACCACUUAACAGAAAAAACCUCAAAAAAACUAGAAUAUCUCUGCCGUCGCUCCAGUUGGGUCCUCCGGCCAACCCAUUUCGCGGGUUCUCUACCACUCAUCGCUACCAGUAACAGGGAAGAAGAGAAAGUAAAUUAAGUCGAUUUGGUUCAGAACAUUAAUCUUGCCCAACCGCAGAAAUGGCUGGUUUUUUCGCUUCAAAGUGUUCUCGUGUUGGCCGUUCAUUGUUGGGAGGCCUUGGUAACAACUUGUCUGCAUCAGUAAGCACUCAACAUGAGAUGACGCACUGCAAUUUCUUGUCCCAGCUGCGGACUUUUAUACAGAUGAGAACUGUACUGAAAGUUGUAGACAAUUCCGGGGCAAAGAAAGUGAUGUGUAUACAAGCUUUGAAGGGGAAGAAGGGAGCAAGACUAGGAGACACUAUAAUUGCAUCAGUGAAGGAGGCCUAUCCCAAUGGUAAAGUGAAGAAAGGAAAGGUAGUAUACGGAGUUGUAGUUCGUGCUGCCAUGCAAAAGGGCCGCUGCGAUGGAAGUGAGGUCAAGUUUGAUGACAAUGCCGUGGUGCUUGUCGACAAGCAAGGCCAACCAAUUGGAACUAGAGUUUUUGGUCCAGUCCCUCAUGAGUUAAGGCAAAAAAAGCAUGUCAAGAUUCUUAGUUUGGCCGGUCAUAUUGCCUGAACCGUCUACUAGUAAGAAAGCACAAUGUUAUUUAGUUUUUUCUUUGGAACACCAAUUUUUUACUAGUGUGGUGUUUUAAGGUUUUAAUCAUCUCCAAAUGGCAAGGAUUUUGGCUUGAUGAUAAUGUGACUCUCUCUAGGAAAUAAGGAGUUGAACUUAAAUGUAAACGAUUAUCAUGAACUGAGACUGAGAAGAGGUUAAAGAUUGGAUUGUUGUAUAUUGGUAUUGACUAAUUGUGAACAAGGGGUUGCAACUUGUA